AUGUCAGCAAACAACGCACAAGUGAUCUGGUACGGGGGCGGGAAAACCGAUGAUCAUUCAAGUGACUCAGAUAUUUAUAGUGAUAAUAUAUCUGAAAGUGGAUCAGAGAAUUGCAGUGACUAUGGUUCCGACUAUGAAUCAGAUACUGAAACAAGUACUAUUAAGUCACCAAUAUCCCAACCCCCUAAUAUAGAAAAACAAAUGUCUAAUUCGACAAAUUCUACAGAUCAAGUGAGCUCCAUAUAUCCUGGUUCCACCAAGACUGCUUUCAUUAAGAGGCAAGAAAAAUUCGAUGAUAAAUUUACCUCAAAGGGUUUGCUAAAUAAAAUUCGUGAAAUUGCUUCCUCACCUGCCAGAGAUAUGGCAGAUAAAAAAGGUUCGCUGGGAGAUUUACAUUUAUGGGACUACCUCUUGCAUAAUUAUGAAGCAAAGAGCAGAAUUAGUUUAUACGAUGCGUAUAAAAGAGAUGAAUUAACUAAUAGAUUGGUUAUUCAAGUAGAACAAGAGCAUUAUAUUGAAUUCUUGAUUGCAAUUGGGAAGAAAUUCUCAAAGGACUGGUAA